AUGACCGCCUCCGUCUCCGCUGCGGCGGGGACGCCUCCUUCUAUAGCGCCCGCACCAUCGCAGCUCUCUGCCGUUCAGGAAAAGCUAACCGCCGUCGAAGCAUUGCUGGCCGGAUUGCGAGCUGAAAACCAUCGCCUGCAAACCGCCCUCGCCGUCGAACGCGCAAGUAGCGACGCCGAUGAACUCAUUAGUCUACGUCGAGACGUCCAUGUUGUGCGCCAUCGCCUGUCCCGCGCCCUGCGUGUCUUUGAUUCCCUUGGGCUUGACACUCCGAGUACAGAUGCGCCCAUCGAAGAUUUUAUCAAUGAUACAUUUCUCGAGCAGCUUCCACAACGCGUCACUGCAAGUCUGAAUCAGCGCGAGCUGCUUGUAUCAAAACCGACGGAAGCACCGCAGAAACCUACUACGGACCCCUCGUGUAAUACGGAACUGCAACCGCCGCCAAACCUCAGUAGAAAUGAUCAGAGCACUCCCGAAAAAGAGAACCCCGCCGAAGAGCCAAAACAAUCCCCCAGUCCUCAAACUGACGCUUCUGGCGUCCCUGAGACGUUGCAGGGUUCCAUUCCCGUAUUUCCGCAACCGCCAAAUGAUCCAGCCUCACAAGCAAGGCCGCUCGUUGCCGACACAAGUCCUACUGUGGAGUGUGUGCGAAUGCUCAUCGGCGCUGAUUCUAUCGCCGUGUCCGAUGAUCCCGCGCGUAUCAAAAUUGACAUGAGCAACCCGGAAAAGAAACGUGCCCUAUCGUUUUGGCUCUCUUGGAAAGACGACGUUAUUUGCUACACGAGAGAAUCGGUUGAGGUGGAGGAAGACUCGUGCCCCAUGUUCUUGAAGGAGUACUCGAUUGAAUUCGAGGUCGGGCAAGCUCCUAACUUUCUCGUUCUCGUCAUGGGUGCCAUGUUUGACUUCAGGGUGAAACCAAAGAGCGAACCCACUCUCGAAGACGAAGCAGCAAACGACGACGAUGACGACGACGAUAUGAGAGACGACUCACAACCCACGCCUUCCUAA